AUGCGCAAGAUAGGUUGCAGGUACGAGACCGCGACUAACGGACUCGCCGCACUAGAGAAAUACAAAGAGUGUGCGGGACAAUUCGACUAUGUCCUCAUGGAUAUCUCCAUGCCCAUCAUGGAUGGAAUAGUAUCCUCGAGCAAGAUCCGGGAGUAUGAAGAACAAAAUUCUCUACCGCGAAGCACUAUCAUGGCGGUUACUGGAGUGGCAUCGAGCUCAAUGCAACAGCAGGCUUUCGCGGCUGGCAUUGAUGAUUACCUGGUUAAGCCACUUUCUCUUCACGACUUGAAACGAAUUAUGAAUAUUGAAUAG